CGGACGUUACAAAAACGCACUAUAGCAAUAAGUUAGCUGUAAACUUACUAUAAUUAAAACGCCUAGUACAAAAAUAUCGAACUUAUUUCACCGUUUGUAAAUAUAGAACGCGUAUAAAGUGCUUGUAUAUAAAUUAGAAUGCGAUAGCAUAUCGCGCGAGUGCUAGAGAAAACAAUGCCAAAGGUUCUCAUAAAGCAUCGAUAUCUCGGUUGUGAGUCUUGAAUAAGGGAGGUAGGGUAGCUGUGAUGUGUGAAGAUAAGGAGGAAGUACGUAGCGAGGCGGCGGCGGCGGUCACUCCGAAGCGUCUCUGCUGGCCGAAGCGACCGCCCGCGCCGCUGCCCGAUACACGGGGCCUGUGUUGCGCAAAGCUAUUGAGGAAAAACGGAAAGGCCAAGAAGGUGCUAUUAUUCCCUGAAGAGGGUUGGGCAAGGAGCGCCUCGUCUUCCUACUGGACCCUGCAGCCAUGCUGGUGGCGCCGUUCCCGGUGCAAGGUGGUGGAAGUUGCUGGGACGAGAAGACACAGUACUCAGGCAAGGAUGAUUGUUAGCGGGGUGAACGCCGUGUAUAUAGUGGGCACUUUCAAACACCUAGGCACAGAUGCGGACUUUAAGCUGUACCUGACAACUAACGUGACACAAGCCGACUUCAACAUGGGCUACACGAUGACAGGCACCCUGGAGCGCGGCAGCAGGUCCUCCAAUACAUUUCAAGUCACCCAUUUCGCAGUACUACGUCGAUGCGAUCACGAGGCACACCACCUUAAAAAUGCAUAACCUAAUACUGCCGUUAAUAUAAAUUUAUAAAGAAUAGAAAAAAUUCGAUCACGAAGUGGGACUCGAACCCGCAUUUCACGCCAAUCCGGGGCGAACGCUUGACCAACUCAGCCACUCGUGACCCGCCAGAGCGAUCGAAUUUAUUCUAUUCUUUCAGUUUUAUGUGUCUAAGGGACACACCGCGCAUUAUAAAGCAUUUGAAUGCCAUAAAACCAAAAAUAUCAAAUUCAACUGCCAUUAAUGUCAAUCGUGUAGCAGCUAUUUGGCUUUGAUUAUUUCGCAGUACUACGUCGAUGCGAUCACGAGGCACACCACCUUAAAAAUGCAUAACCUAAUACUGCCGUUAAUAUAAAUUUAUAAAGAAUAGAAAAAAUUCGAUCACGAAGUGGGACUCGAACCCGCAUUACACGCCAAUCCGGGGCGAACGCUUGACCAACUCAGCCACUCGUGACCCGCCAGAGCGAUCGAAUUUAUUCUAUUCUUUCAGUUUUAUGUGUCUAAGGGACACACCGCGCAUUAUAAAGCAUUUGAAUGCCAUAAAACCCAAAAUAUCAAAUUCAACUGCCAUUAAUGUCAAUCGUGUAGCAGCUAUUUGGCUUUGACAAACGCUAAACUUUACAUAGCAGUGUCGUGAUAAAAAUGUUAAAUAAAGAUUAGAGUUAACUUUAAUGCUCAUAUUUACAAUUAAAUUAUUUUUGCACAUACUAUUUUAUGUCAUGAAUACUUCAAUCUAACUUUUGAAAGAUCAUUUUAUAUCUUAUAUCAAAGUCCAAAUUAUUCAAUUUACAACUCUUUGACUAUAAGGUUAUUUCUUCAAUCUAUGUGGACAUGGAGCUUAUUAUGAAAUGCAUUAAUGAUAAAAAAACAGUAUUGUAUCGAU